CUCUCCAUCAUUUUUGCUCUCUUUGCCAUGGGUAUGGAAGCGGCCGAAGCCAAGGCUCCUAUCAAGAAGAGGGUUGUGGGGGGCACUGUUGCCACAGCUAACUAUUUCUCAUGGCAGGUGUCUCUGCAGUACAGGCGUGGCAGUACCUACAGACACACCUGUGGAGGCGUGCUGGUCAAGAGGAACUGGGUGCUGACCGCUGCUCACUGCGUGGACAGGUCCAGGGUGUAUCGUGUGGUUGCUGGUGAGCAUGACCUCAACGCUCAGAAUUGCAGGGAGCAGUCUGUGAGUGUGUGCCGCAUCAUUCGGCAUCCCCGCUGGACACGAAGACUGAGCAAUGGCAACGACAUUGCCCUGCUGCAACUGUCCUCUUCUGUCACCCUGAAUCGCUACGUCACUCUGGCCACCCUGCCACCGGCCAACCAGGUGCUGGGACACAACUACCGAUGCUACAUCAGUGGCUGGGGCCUGACCUCUACAAGGGGUCGCCUCUCCAACGUACUGAGGUACGCGUCUCUGUGUACGGUGAGCCAGAGCAUCUGCCGCAGCAGCAGUUGGUGGGGUCGCAGCGUCAACAGCAACAUGGUCUGUGCCGGAGGCAACGGCAGACAAGCUGGAUGCCAAGGGGACUCUGGUGGUCCACUGAACUGCCGAGUCGGCAGCAGAUGGGUGGUCCAUGGCGUCACCAGCUUCGUCUCCACCGGCGGCUGCAAUGUAGCGAGGAAGCCCACUGUCUUCACCCGCGUCUCAGCCUACACCUGCUGGAUCAGAGGAAUCAUUGGUGCAUGA